AUGUGACAUAGCAACGUGUUCAGUAGCAACACGCUGCAAAACUGUAUGCAACGCAAUUUUAACGAAGCAUUAUUUUCCUCACAAAAAUGAAUUACGGAAAGACAUUUGUCAAAACUGAUGUUAAAAUAGUUUCUUACCCGCACCGGCCAAGCCAGCCUGUCUGGAGACCUGUCUCAAACUGGACUGCUCCCUUUAGCUACAGACCUAACCCCUUUAAGUGGGUCAACCCUAGUCUGAGGUCCCGCUCUGACCAGUACAAGGCUGACCUUCAGCCUGUCAGGUCUGAGCCAAGACCAAGGCCUAGUUAUUCUGCCACUUAUAGUGGUAGGCCUGCAGAUAGAGCCAGUAAUAUGGAGACAUCCAGGUCUGCAGCCCCAGCAUGCCUUCAGCAGACUGACAUACCUGAGAGGUUAAGUGAGUCUCUUAGAUACAGAGAGACAUCAAAGGCCUCAAGGUCUAAGGACCGAUCUCCUCCUCCCAAGAGAUUCAGGGGAGAUUUCAUUGUGCUGGAUGAGUACAGCAGUGAAAGUGAUACCUCCCUGGCAACCAGCUCUGGCAGUGGAUCUUCGCUAGCAAGCAGCUGUCGCUCUGGGAGUAACACAUCACUGAGUGAGAUUUCCUCAAGCAGUAGCACUGUCCUGUACAGCACUGGAAGUGAAUCAUCCCUAGAUGAUGAAAGUGAUUGCACUGUGGCUGAACUAGUUGUGGAGGCAGGGGGCCAUGGGCCCAAAGAGACACCAGAGCUGUGGGGAACUUAUCUGAGUGAUGAUAUGGAAAGACAGCUUGAGUCCUGGGCUUCAGAGAAACCUGAAGACUUUGUUCCUGUGACCCCAAAACUCAGGGGAAACAGUGACAAAGGUCUUGGACAGGUCACCCUGAGCCUAAUCAAGAAGCCCCAGCCUGUUUCCAUGGUUACAGCUGACAUACUGUCCACUCCAGUGGUCACUCCCAAACCAAGUUUAAGUGUUCAAGUGAAACUUGCACAGUUGGAGAACCAUGUCCCAGCUGAACUGCCAGAGCUUUGGGGAUGCUAUGUGAGUGCUGCAAUGCAGAGGCAGAUGGACCAGUGGGAGAGAGAGGCUAGUAGCCUGAACAUCAAGACUCCAUCCAGCAUUAGUCAGAGUCCUUUGCGAAAACCUGGGUCUGCAUCUAAUCCAUUGCUGCAGUCCAGUGUGGCUGCUAAGCAGCAAGUCAAUUGGUGUGCUCCCAAACACUGCCUCCAGUCUAGUGUGGUUGCUAGGCCAGUUGUCAUGCCAACUCAGCCUGUACUGCAGUCAGCUGUGGUUGCCUGGGCUACCCCUGUCCAGAGGAUCAUACCUGGCCCUUCACCGGCUGCUAGAUGGGGCCCCAGCUCUUACUCACAAUCCUCUGUGAGUUGUUCAUUUGCUAGGAAACGGCCACUGGAGGAGUAUGAGAAUGAGGCUGCUCCCUCAGCCAAGAUUCACAUUAACAAGAACCACCCAAGGUUCAGACACUUGUUCCAGUAAACAAGUAUGGGUGGAGGAUAAGUAUGGUUUUUAUUAUUUACAAAAAAAGAAAAAUGAAGCAUAUGCUUCACCAAAAAAAGUACAAAAAAUAAAAAUGAAGCAACGCUUCGCCAAAAAAAGUACAAAAAAAAACAACAACACAAAAAUACCAAAAAAAGAUGUAACGUAGGUUUUGUAGUGUAGUUAUACUAUUAACACAAGAUGUAGCCUAGGUUUUGUAGUGUAGUUAUCCUAUUAAAUCUGUAUUAGAGAGUAGUUUACUGUUUUUUUAUGUUCCUUCUUUGUUUAACCAUGCACAGAAUGUUCAUGGUUAGCUAUUGGGAUACCGUGAUUUCUGUUUGUUGUUGCAUCAAUGUGGCUGUCUUUUGUUUUCUGUCUUUUUAUCAUAAACUACCAAAUUUGAUAUAAAUUUAGAAGGAAGUUGCUCCAGUAACAAUUGUUAAAAGAGUUUCAAUAAACUUCAUAUAAUGGUCACAAGAGCUACAAUAGAUUUUCAAGGAAACAAAUCUCCCCUUUAACUACAAGGUUUAGAGGUUUGAUAUUAUGUUUGUUAUAUUGUACUUUGGUUAUUAAUGAAGUUUUUUUAAGCAUUAGCUUGGGGUAAAAACGAACCAGUGUAACUCAAAAAAGUAUUGUUUCUGCUCAAUGACUUAAAUUUGAUAGAAAUUGUGCUCAAAUUUUGGUGCAGGUAGUUCACAUGUAUACAUAGCUUCCUAUUUCACCUGUGACCUAUUAGGUAUAGCUCAAGGUCUGAAAAUAUAUUCUGUUUCUGCUCAAUAGCUUGAUUUUUAUGGAGAUAUUGUUCCGAUAUCUUGUAUGUUGUUUGUUGGUCUGUUACAUGUAGACCUGGCUAAGGAUUGCAUUUGGGACAAUUUGGAUAAAGGCCAAGGUCACUGUUUAUUAAAAUAAAAACAACUGUUGCCCGCUAAAUAACUUAAGUUUGUUUGAAGUGUUUUUGAAAUAUAAUACUCAACUAAAAUUAUAAAUUUGAAAUAACAGUAUCCUCUUUGGGAUUUAGAUGUAAAAAGGCAAUCAAUUCACAUGUUCUUAUUUUAUGUAUGCUAAUGCAAUGUGUUUUUGUUUGCUUAUUAUUCAUGAAGAUCAUUCUGAAGAUCACAGUUUCUAUUUCUAUAAUAUUUUUACAAUAACGAAUGUAAGUCGAAUUUACUCAGAGUGAUGGCCACUAUUUUGAUAUUUGGCAAUGAGGCUUUACAAUUCUAUAAGAUGUUUUAUUUAAAAAAAUACAACAUAAAAAUUGAAAAGAAGACAUUUUCUUCCCAAGCCGAGAUCUAUUUCAGUUUUUAUGUGAGCUGAGUAACUUCCAUCCAGGCCAUCCAGUAAAGCCUCCUAAUGCUGCCAAGCUUGACAAGGACGCCAGCUCCAGUAGCAAACUCUAUCACCAUGAAGUAAUCACGACUGGACUCCAUCAACAUGCAGUCAUCUCAUCAGAACUUCAUCACCAUGCAGUCAUCACAACAGGACUCGUUCUGAUGCAGACAUGACAACAGGUCUCCAACCCCAUGCAGGAAUCACAAGAAGAACCAUCUUGGCCCUGUUUUGUUUAUUAAUUUGCAUUAUUUAUUAUCUAUGUAUUGUUAGCUCAUCUAUUUUUUGAAGAAAAAAAAAUGAGCUAUUGUCAUCACCUUGGCGUCGGCGUCCGGUUAAGUUUUGCGUUUAGGUCCACUUUUCUCAGAAAGUAUCAAUGCUAUUGCAUUCAAACUUGGUACACUUACUUACUAUCAUGAGGGGACUGGGCAGGCAAAGUUAGAUAACUCUGGCGUGCAUUUUGACUGAAUUAUGUGCCCUUUUUAUACUCAGAAAAUUGAAAAUUUUGGUUAAGUUUUGCGUUUAGGUCCACUUUUUUCAGAAAGUAUCAAUGCUAUUGCAUUCAAACUUGGUAC